GUGCGUCACUUGGCGGCGCCGGACGUUGGGCUGCGCAGGAUUUGCGACGCUCCCCUGACCACCACUUGCUCUGCGCUGAGGUGCUGGGACAGCCAUGGUUUCAGACGAAGAUGAAUUGAAUCUUCUGGUUAUUGUAGUUGAUGCCAACCCAAUUUGGUGGGGAAAGCAAGCAUUAAAGGAAUCUCAGUUCACUUUAUCCAAAUGCAUAGAUGCCGUGAUGGUGCUGGGAAAUUCGCAUUUAUUCAUGAAUCGUUCCAACAAACUUGCUGUGAUAGCAAGUCACAUUCAAGAAAGCCGAUUCUUAUAUCCUGGAAAGAAUGGCAGACUUGGAGACUUCUUCGGAGACCCUGGCAACCCUCCUGAAUUUAAUCCCUCUGGGAGUAAAGAUGGAAAAUACGAACUUUUAACCUCAGCAAAUGAAGUUAUUGUUGAAGAGAUUAAAGAUCUAAUGACCAAAAGUGACAUAAAGGGUCAACAUACAGAAACUUUGCUGGCAGGAUCCCUGGCCAAAGCCCUUUGCUACAUUCAUAGAAUGAACAAGGAAAUUAAAGAUAAUCAGGAAAUGAAAUCAAGGAUAUUGGUGAUUAAGGCUGCAGAAGACAGUGCGUUGCAGUAUAUGAACUUCAUGAAUGUCAUCUUUGCAGCACAGAAACAGAAUAUUUUGAUUGAUGCCUGUGUUUUAGACUCCGACUCAGGGCUCCUCCAACAGGUUACUGCUGGGGAUGAAGGAUGUGGAGAGCGAGUCGAGGUCCAAUGGGAAAAUUUACAGGCUUCAAAGGCUCUGAGAUUGUACUGUUUCUUCAGCUUGAUCGCUUGUGACAUCACGGGAGGACUGUACCUGAAGGUGCCUCAGAUGCCCUCUCUUCUGCAGUAUUUGCUGUGGGUGUUUCUUCCCGAUCAAGAUCAGAGAUCUCAGUUAAUCCUCCCACCCCCAGUUCAUGUUGACUACAGGGCUGCUUGCUUCUGUCAUCGAAAUCUCAUUGAAAUUGGUUAUGUCUGUUCUGUGUGUUUGUCAAUAUUCUGCAAUUUCAGCCCCAUUUGUACUACGUGCGAGACAGCCUUUAAAAUUUCUCUGCCUCCAGUGCUGAAAGCCAAGAAAAAGAAACUGAAAGUGUCUGCCUGAGGAUAAAAUACUUUCCCCAUCUUUUAGAGCUGUUAAUAGAAAUUAUAUAGCAGAUUCUUUGUUGGGAAGACUGAAAAAAAUAAAGAUAGGUAUAGGAUAAUUUUUAAUAUGGUGACCUUACAGAAAAUAUUUCCCAAACAUCCUUUUCAUUCUGUGCUUCUGGAGGACUGAUUUGUUUGAGGGAAUCAUUCUAUGCAAUAUAUCCUAAAAUAUUCUAUGACUGGUUUCUGUCCAUGUUUGUGGCUUUCAUUUUUUUAAUGGGAUGACUAUUAGUCAAAGUCAGCUUGUCAUGACUCAUCAUAGGCUUUCUAACCUACUCCCUGAAUCCAGGUCCUCAUUGUGAAAUGCAUGCCAUGAGAAAUUUGAACGUAGCUUUGGAAAAAGGGACUAUUUGUGGAGUAAUGGCAUUAAUCAACAUAGAACAUCUUAUUUGAAUCAACAGGUAACUUCAGUAGUCAUGUGAAUAAAAUUCUUAUUGUCUAAAUUGAGACAGCCUCAGAAAUUUGCAGAUAUUUACUUUUUGUCUGAUAUCAGUACAUAUUUGGACAAAGUCAUCUAAAUAAUAGUUUGUCACCAAAUAACUACAAAAUCUCAUUUUAAAUGAGUAAGGAGAACAUGUGCAGAAGCAAAUUUUCUUCAAAAUAGUUGUGGGAAGAGCUUCUAUGUGAAAGCUUAUGACUGGUUUUGAGGGAGAACUUACUGGGGAAAAUGGACUCUAUGUUAAGUAUGGUUUUCAGAUAGAAUUCUUUCCUUUUUUAAUGAGGAAAAAAAAAAUCCACAUUAAUACUGAAACUGCACCUGUAAUCCCAUCACUUUGGGAGGCUGAGGACAGAGGAUUGCUUGAGCCCAGGAGUUCGAGAGCAGCAUGGGCAGCAAAGUGAGACCCCAUCUCUACUAAAAAUUUAAAUGUAUUUAUCAAAACUGUUCUCUAGAAGCUUUGGACUGAAUCCCAAAAGUGUUUAUAAGUUCAAAAGCAAAAGUAUUUGUAAUUUCAACAACAAAAAAUGUAUUUCUCUAUGUAAUCUUGAAAUUAUUAAAAGUCCUUUUAGCUUCUAGCACAUAGUUGUACAAAGAGUUUAAGGAAUGGUGGCUGGUUUGGUUUGUUUUUUAAAAAUGUUUACUGACGAGGCCGGGCGUGGUGGCUCACCCCUGCAAUCCCAGCACUUUGGGAGGCCGAGGCAGGCAGAUCACAAGGUCAGGAGUUCAAGAUCAGCCUGGCCAGUAUGGUGAAACCCUGUCUCUACUAAAAAUACAAAAAUUAGCCAUGUGAAGUAGCAGGUGCCUGUAGUUCCAGCUACUCGGGAGGCUGAGGCAAGAGAAUUGCUUGAAUUCGGGAGGCAGAGGUUGGAGUGAGCCAAGAUGGCGCCUCUGUACUCCAGCCUGGGUGACAGAGCGAGACUCUGUAUCAAAAAAAAAAAAAAAAAAAAAAAAAGAUCGGGCACGGUGGCUCACGCCUGUAAUCCCAGCACUUUGGGAGGCCAAGGUGGGCGGAUCACGAGGUCAGGAGUGAUCAGGCUGGGUUUCUGUUUUGUUUUGUUUUGUGAGACAGAGUCUCGCUCUGUUGCCCAGGCUGGGGUGCAGUGGUGCAAGCUCGGCUCUCUGCAAGCUCUGUCUCCUGGGUUCACGCCAUUCUCCUGCCUCAGCCUCCCAAGUAGCUGGGAUUACUACUCUACUGAACCCAUGAGGCAGAAAUUUGAGACCAUCCUGCCCAACAUGGUGAAAACAUGGUGAAACCCUGUCUCUACCAAAAAUACAAAAAUUAGCUGGGCGUGGUGGCAGGUGCCUGUAAUCCCAGCUACUCAGGAGACUGAGGCAGGAGAAUUGCUUGAACCCAGGAGGUGGAGGUUGCAGUGAGCCAAGAUCAAGAUUGUGGCAUUGCACUCCAGCCUGGGCGACAAGAACAAAACUCUGUCUCAAAAAAAAAAAAAAAAAAAAAAAAAUGUGUACUGAUAAAACCCAUUGUGUACAAAACUUUGUAUGUAAGGAAGAUUUUAAUUUUCUCUUUAUACAAGCUGAGUCAUAUUUAAAUAAUUUGAUGUUGGCUUAGAUAAUUUCAGAUAGAUUUUAUAUUCUGGAUUUGUGUUUUUGUUAACAAAUAUACAAAGACUUUGGUGAUCACUUUGCAAAUAUUUGUUAAUCCUUGAGUUUGAGAACCUGUCUUUUAAAAAUAAUACUUAAUAUUUUGUAUACUAAUUAAGUGUAAUGGAAAUCACAAUUUUAAGUCUAGGAAAUAAAGUAUUAUAUAUACUUUCAAACAA